AUGAGCGGUACAUCAGCUGGAGUUAAGACCAAAUCUUAUCUACCAAACUCUCUCAAUUUUCAAGAUCGUGAGAUAUACAAGAUCGGUUUCACAGCUUUAGAUUGUAUGCGAAGAGAUGGAAAACUGUGCGACAUCACUUUGAUUGCGGAUAAUAAUCGCUUCACUGCACACAAGAUUGUAUUGGCCGCCACUAUACCAUUCUUUAACGGAAUGUUUCUAAGUAACAUGGCAGAAUCUACUAAAAGCGAGGUUACCAUUCAUGGAGUUGACGCUUGUGCUUUAGAAGCGUUCAUUGGUUAUGCUUAUACUGGCUUAGUUCAAAUCAAUCCUCGUAACGUUCAAUCAAUUUUAAUCGGUGCCAAUUUUUUACAGCUUAAUAAUGUUCGUAACAUCUGUUGCAGAUAUAUCAGUGAAAGAUUGACUGUUGACAUAGUCUUACCGAUAAGAAAUCUCGCCCAAAGCUAUCUAUGUACGGACUUGGUAUCUGCUUGUGAGGCAUAUAUCUACAAAAAUUUCGAAGAUAUCGCACGCACAACUUCAUUUUUUAAUCUUGAAGGAUGUGAAUUGAUGGAAUUACUGGAGUCAGAUGAAUUGAAUGUCAGCAGUGAAGAACGCUUGUUUCAUAUAAUUAUGUCUUGGGUUGAAUUUGAAACAAAAUCCAAUUCUGAUACUGAGACGAACUCUGUUAUAUCAGAGUCUGUUAACGUAAUUGAGCCACCUGAAUAUUAUGAUAGUAAUGUGCAUUCGAUAAAGCCAUCUGUUUCAAGUGAGAUUGGUCAUCAAAAUUCGUGUUGUAAUGGCUCUUUACAUUCUACACAUCCUUUUCAUGGUUGUCAUUAUUCUACACAAAUAUUCAAUAGCAAACGCCGCACUGACUUUCUUCCAUGCCUUCUUAGGCGAAUCAGACUACCUCUAAUUCCAGUUAGCUACAUUUUCUCAGUUAUUUCGCGGCAUGAUCUUAUUCGAAAGGACAUUCGUUGUAGAGAUAUUCUAGAUGAAGUACGUGAUGUACUUCUUAUGUCAUGGAAGACGUCGGAAUUCUUUAAUUGUCGACCUCGAAAAUGUCAAGAUAUUUUCGGUGUUAUUUAUGCUGUUGGGGGUUGGAAUACAGAUCUAGAAUGUCAUGGGAUUGUGGAAACUUAUCAUCCGUCACUUGGUCGUUGGGAAUUAUCAGAAAGUAUGAUAUCUAAGCGUAGUCGUAUUGGUGUGGUUGCUUUGAAUGGACUGUUAUACGCUAUUGGAGGUUUUGAUGGAAAUUCUCGCUUACGUACAACUGAAGUAUAUAAUCCAAAAACUGGAAAAUGGGCAACCGUUGCUUCAAUGAUUUGUCGACGUAGUGCUGCAGGAGCUGCUGCUUAUGAUGGAUGUUUGUAUGUUUGCGGUGGUUUUGAUGGUCAAACAUCUUUACGUACAUGUGAGAUGUAUAUUCCAGAACAAGAUACAUGGAAGUUAAUAUCAAGCUUGAAUGAACCCAGAUCCGCUGGUGGUCUUGUUGCUCUCAAUGGUCGUCUUUAUGCUAUUGGUGGACACAAUGGUUUAGCUGUUUUUUCAACAGUAGAAUGCUAUGAAAAAGGUGGAUAUUUACCUAAAACACUUUCACCAUCCUCUCGUUUUGAAACUGAUCAUCAGAAUAAUGGUAUUCUUCAAAGUCCUACUAAUGUAUGGUAUUCAGUAGCUAACAUGUUACAUCGACGAUGUCGACAUGGCGCAACUGCGUUUCGUGAUCGUAUAAUUGUUGCCGGUGGUUAUGAUGGUGCUUCAUUUCUACAAAGUGUUGAAAUGUUCGAUCCUACAACUGGUCCAGAUCGUAAUGGUUUACAUGGACAAUGGACUGAAAUUUCAUCUUUGUCAGUCCCUCGUUCUCGAGUCGGAUUGGCUGUAACUGCAGGUUGUUUGUAUGCAAUAGGUGGUUAUGAUGGUAAUACUCAUCUACGAACAGUUGAAUGUUUCAAAUCUCGUAUUAAACAAAAUCCCUAUGAAUUAUCAAGUAAUGUUUUACAAUCAAAAUUUAAUACAUUAUCUAAUUUAUUGAACAAACCUAAGAUUUCUGAUAAUUGUAGCAAUCAUGUUGAUGGUGAUGAUGACGAUAAUAAUGAUGAUGAUGUUUCUUGUAAUCAUCAUCCAUGUUCUGUUCAAUCUGAUUUUGAGUCUAUUUCUUCAUGCAACUCAAAUGAAGCGGUUACAUUUGUCAGAACAACACAAAAUAGGAAAACUAUGAUGUUAGAAAAGUUAAGACCUAAGCCAAUUAGUCAUAAACCAUCUAUUCCAUCCGCCUCGGUUAAUGUCAAUUGUAAUGGUGGUACUUCCACAUUAUCUUCUGUCAUCCCAUCUUCUUCUAAUCCUUUCGCUGAUUGGCAGUGGUCAUCUGGACCUUCAUUAAUUGCACAUGAGGGAUGGGUUGGUAUAUGUGUCCUUCCUUUUGACCAGUCGUCUUCAGUCCAUUAA